AGCUGAUCCAGUAAACAAUUGCAAAUGUUUUAUUUGCAUUUUUGGACCGCCGGCUGCAGUUGUGAAAUAAGUCUCGUUGCUGCUAAGACUAAAUGGCUAGCAAAAAGUACAGUGACGUGAAUCUUUACGAUCUUCUGGGCAUUUCCCUCGAGUGUGAUCAAAAUGAGAUACGCAAGGCGUACCGCAAGAAGGCCCUCGAGUGCCAUCCCGACAAGAAUCCGGACAAUCCGAAGGCAGUCGAGCGCUUCCAUGAAUUGUCCAAGGCCCUGGAGAUCCUCACGGAUGAAUCCGCGCGCGCAGCUUACGACAAAGUGCUGAAGGCCAAGAAGGCGGCGGAGCUAAGGACUCGCCAACUGGACGGGAAGCGGCAGAAGCUGAAGCUGGAGCUGGAGGAACGCGAACAGGCGGCACUGCACAAGCUGGCGAAGAGCAGACCAUACAGCACAGUGACCAAAAGCGACGAGGAGGUGCUGCAGGAGCAGAUCGAGCGGCUGCGCCGCGAGGGUUCCCGCCUGCUGGAGGAGGAGCAGCGAGCCAUGCAGGAGCAGUUCCGGCGCAAUCACGCGGAGCAAAAGAAACUGCAGCAACAGCCGGUCCAGUUUGAUUCCGCCCAGCAUCGCAUCAAGAUGAAGUGGAAGGCCGAACCCGGCCAGGAUUACACACAGCAAGAUCUGCUCAAGUAUCUGAAGAAGUACGGCGACGUGGUGGCCCUGGUUGUCAACAGCAAGCGACGCGGACGCGCCAUGGUGGAGCUGGCCACGCGCGAAGCCUGCGACAUGGUCUUGGCCUACGAGAAGGGCGAUCCCGCCAAGCCGCUGCACUUCGAGUGGGUAACGCCGCCGGCAGCAGACAAGCAGACACCCAAAUCGGCAACCACUGGGUGCAGUGUGUCGCCUACCGACUACGAGGACCUGGUCAUGCGAAAGCUGCGCCAAGCUGAGGAACGUAAGAGGCUCAUUGAGCAGAUGAUGAAGGACGACGAGGGCGAAUAAAAUUAGAUUGAGUUAGGCUAAACAUUAAAUUUACUUUUAAUUAGGCUAAAAAAAAUCAAUGAAAAACUAUGCUUCUGAUUUUACAUUUA